GAUGCUUAAUUUUUUUUUUCAGGGGAGUACACGGACAUCUUUGCGGUCAGAUGCCUUGGGCUUUCUGUGAUGAAGUACUUGCUACUGACAUGUCCAACAUUGUUGGUUGUAAAGAAGAGGAAUUGGCAAUCAUGAAUGGUCUCACUGUCAAUUUACAUCUAUUACUGAUGUCCUUUUAUCGUCCUACAGAAAAGAGACAUAAAAUUCUCAUUGAAUCAAAGGCCUUUCCCAGUGAUCAUUAUACAGUGGAAUCUCAAAUACGUCUCAAUGGAUAUGAUCCAGCAAGAAGCAUUAUAUUCGUGGAACCAAGAAAAGGAGAGUAUGAUAUAAGAACAGAGGAUGUGCUUAGUGUGAUUGAGAAGGAAGGUGAUGGUAUAGCGGUCAUCUUACUUGGAGCCUUACAGUAUUAUACCGGUCAGUUUUUUAACAUGCCUGUCAUCACAAAAGCUGGACAUGCAAAGGGUUGUUAUGUUGGUUUUGAUCUUGCACAUGCUGUUGGUAAUGUAGAGCUUCAUCUACAUGACUGGGAUGUGGACUUUGCAGUUUGGUGUACAUACAAGUAUUUGAAUUCUGGUGCUGGAAGUUUGGGUGGCGCUUUUCUUCACUCUAAACUGGCUGACACAAUGGAACCUAAGCUUGUUGGAUGGUGGGGCCACAAGUUUAAGAGCAGAUUUGACAUGAAUAAUGAGCUUGAACUAUCUCCAGGCAUCUCAGGAUAUCGCCUUAGUAACCCAUCCAUCUUUGCUGCUUGUCCCCUGAGAGCAAGUCUAGAUGUGUUUUGUAAGACCAGUAUGUCAGAGCUGCGAGCCAAGUCAGUGGUCUUAACAGGUUACUUAGAGUACCUGGUAGGUCAUUACUUUGGUAAGGACAGUCCCCAUAGGAAGAACAAGGAGUUUAUCACCAUCCUUACACCUUCUAAUCCAGAGGAAAGAGGUGCCCAACUAUCCCUUUACUUCUCCAUACCAAUCAACAGGAUACAUAGUGAGAUGGGCAAGAGAGGUAUUGUGUGUGAUGAGAGGAAACCCAAUGUAAUUCGCAUUGCUCCAGCUCCUAUGUACUGUAACUACUUGGAUGUAUGGCGGUUUAUUGAUGCUCUCCUAACAAUCAUGGACAUUGCAGAGAAUCAACCCGAUCUUGACUCAGAGCUUGACUGAUUAAACCAUUCUUUCUCAAACAUUCUUCAGGUAUCCUUUCCAUAUAUUUUCUUUGAAUUUUUGUUUGUUUAAUAAUAAUAUUGCUGUGGUCCAUCACAAUGGUUGAAAAUUACUUUAGCUCACACAUACAAAUCUAAAAGCAACAUGCAAUCAAACUGUAUUAUAGUAUUCCUAUCUUUUAUAGGUUGUAUGCAAUUUUUUGCUAUCUUGCACAUAUUCUUUUCUUCUUCUUUUUUUUUUUUUUUUUGUUUGUUCAAAUGCCACAUUCCAGGACUAUCCAUCUUGGUCCUGUUUCAUGAAAACUUAUAACUAUUGUAAAUUUGCCAUUAUUGUAAGUUAUAUGGGAAACCUAGAUUGUGAUUGGCUGCUGAGCCUUGUUACCAUGGUAGCUGCUAUACUGGCAGAGUUAGGACAGUUAUUAUGAAAGGGACUCCUUAUCAGUCAAAAUUGUUUAGGACUGGGCAUAGGGACUUGGUUGUGAGAAUUGUCUUGGAAAUAUAUAGUUUGAUAUUUAGUUCUGACUUAUGUUAUAUUACAUUUGAGUUACAUUUUAUUCAACCACCAUUCCACUCGUCAAUGAAAAAUGGUCAUGAUUUUAUAUAGCAAAACUGCCAUCUGAAGUUGAAUAUGUCAAACAUAUACAUGUGUGAUAUAUGUCUUUGAAAUUUUUAUGAAUUAAGUUUUUUUUCUCUCAAGUUAACAUUAGACUAUCAGGUGAAGUUGAUAUUUUGUCAAAUUAAUGAAAUUUCUUCAAAUUUUGUACCACUUCUCAGGAAUCAUGUAUGUAUAUGAUCAACAUAAUGUACUAUUGUCCGAAAUCUUACUAAGUAGCUUAUAUAUUGCUUGGAUUUGGAAAUAAUUAUGUACAGAAUAUGGAGAGCACUAUUGAUGAUAUUGUUUACAACGGAAUUUUGCUGUAUCUGUAUGUGAUAUCUAAAAAAAAGUUAUAUAACUAUCUUUCUGUUGAAUCUAGAUCUUCUUAACUGAUUGUUGUAUGAUCACAAUCUUGUAUAUGGGAUAAAGAAGAUCAUGUAGCCUGUUGCAUUAAACUUAUCAACAUAAGUCCUCUCCUCUUGGGUAAAAUGCUUAAUGAAAUAUGGCCCGAGAGUAGGGGAGAUUGGGGUUAGUUGGAACAUUUUUCACAAAAAUGGCUGUAAAAUCCGAAUAGAUUUUAUUUGAGAAACAAUCAAUAUAUCAGCUUAAAGCAUAUAUCUAAGGGCUUCAAAUGUACCCCAUAAAAUUUUUAAUUCUGUGAUGGUUACUGAAAAAAAUCAACCUUGAACAAGACCAUCGCAAGCGUUCCAACUUACCCCAUAUACGGGGUAAGUUGGAACAUGGUAUGGGGUAAGUUGGAACACUGCAUGGUCAGUUAAGAAUUAAACUAAAACUACUUAGACUGUAAUAUUACAUGGUUUUAGCCAACUUGUUUAUUUUUUUCAAGUUCAAAAUAUUAAAGGUGUGUAUUCUGAUUUGUUAAACUUUAUGUUUUCUAUUAUACAGCCACUCAAGCAAGCCGACUGUGUAGUAGAAUUCCGCGUAUUUGUGUGCGUUUGAUCUUACUUGCAAUUAAGUGUAUCAGCAAUUUUAUGUACUUCUGCAUCAAAUUUACACGACAAAAAUUAAUUGUUUAUAUUUUUUAUUAAUUCAUUAUGCAAAUAAGCAUGAAAUUUGCCCUAAAUUUGUUUUUUUGUCUAUGUUUUUGCCUUUAACUCAAUUUAUUAACCUAGUAGAAUGCUAAUUUUGGUGAGAUUAUCAAUUUUUACAUUUAUAAAAAAUACACUGUAUCUACGAAAAAAAAGGCAAAAAAAUAUAAUUUAUGUAUUUUUUGUUUUUAAAUUUGUAUUUCUUAGUUUUUUUCGAACCUUUGUUUUUUAAUAUUUUUUCCACUGAACUUUGUCGGGACCCUUUUGCGAUCAUAAAUAGCAUAAAAUAAAUCCAUUUGAACCAACAAAAAUAAAAAUAAUCAUACAUGUACAAUUUGCAUUGACCUUGUACAUGGGAUCACGUUUUUGAGCAAUUUUGGGUCAGACAUGCAAUUGUUGCGUGAUUUCGAAACUGCGCACCCGGGCAUCGCAAAUUUGGUCUCAAAUGAUGUGCAAGACUUCAAAUUUACCCCCCCCCCCCCAGUUUGAUAAGGGUUAAUAUUGCAUUAGGGGCCUACAAUAGGCCUUAAAUGCACACUCAGACCUAACUGAGAAACAAAACAUGCCUGGCUUACAGGACAAGUUCAAAAGAGUGUGAAAUACUGUAUACAUUUUUUUCUCAUAUUCAUUGUUUUUAUUCAUAAUUAUGUUUGGGGUAAGUUGGAACAUGUUCCAAAUAACCCCUUCAAUUUUGUUCCAACUAACUCCAGAGGCCCAUUUGACAUUCACAAGCUUACAGCACAAAUAAGGGACUUCAUAAUGGCAUAUUAAUAACCUUAUUUUGUAGCUUGGUACAAGUGUCUAUUAUACCCCCAAAAUGGCCAACUUGAUCUAUAAACUUCUCGGAGAUAAUAAAACAUUUCUGAAAGAGAAACAAAUUACUCAGAAGGUGAAAAAACAAAAAUUCCUUUGAAUCCUUUCUAACUUCACCAGGCUUGUUGCACAUGUGGUGGAUGACAGUUGAUAAUGGCAAUAAAUUGAGGGCAGUAUUGCAUAAAUUUAUGUGAAGGCGUUAAAGAAAAUGACAAUGUUUCAACUUACCCCGCGUUCCAACUAACCCCAAUCUCCACUACUGUGGAGCCCUUUUGCCAAAGAAGUAUUGGACAAAUAUGUAUUUGGGCAUUCAUUUUGACAUGAUUCUCAUUCAGUAAACCAACUGUAAUUAGUAUAGGAAAAUUGGUUAAGAGAAUGUCAAGUUUUGUGUGUGUGUGUGUGUGUAUGUGUUUUGUGUCUUUACUUUGAUACAUAAAGAUGAGUGCUUUAAACAGGCUACUUUUUUGUCUUUUUUUUUCAGUUACACAUUUAUCUUGGUUUCUCAUUUUUGUUUUUGUUUCCAUUUAUAGUGUUAUAGUGUUAAUGAACACUUCAAAUGUUAAUGUUUUGAGAAUGCCUAAAGUUAAAAGCUUAGUUUUACAAAGGUGUUUCAAUUAUUUUUAAGAAUGAUUAUUUGUGUAUAGAAGAGAUGAGGCACCCCCUACCGUGAAAUUUUCGGGGGGGGGGGUUCUCUAGAAGGGUUCAUUUUAGGGCAUGCUUUAAAGUUUUCCUGCAAUACACUCUUAGAAGUUUAUUUCCAAUUCAUCUAAUGCCAAUUCAUCUAAUUGCCAACUCGUCUACUACCAUUUGGUCUAUUAUCAGUUCGUUUACUCACCACAUGGUCUAAUCUCAUUUAGUCUAAUGCCAUUCCAUCUAAUAACCAGUAGGUCCAAUAACCAUUUAGUCCAUAUACCAUUUUGUCUAAUUAAACUUAAGUGUUAAUUGUGCAAAAUGAAUGAAAGGAAAAUGGGUUUUAGACCAACUAGUUAUUAGACGAAAUGGUAAUAGACGAAAUGGUGAUUAGAUGAAUUUAUUAUUGGACCAUAUGGUUGUAAGAUGAAAUGUUGAUGGACGGAAUGGCAUUAUACUAAAUGAAGGUAGACCAUGUGGUGAGUGGACUAGUUGGCAGUGGACGAAUUGGCAAUUUACCCUCUUAGAUACAUAGUGGUUGCCAGUACAGCACAUGCUGCUGUAAACCAUACUUGGUCAUAGAGAUACAUGUACUAGAGGACAUUUAUAGCAUUAUACAUUCAGAAAUCAUUGGCAAAACAUUUGUUACAUUGCUUUUGGAGGUCACAUGUAAAGUCAUAGGUCAUUUGAGUUAAGUUCAAGUUUAUUCAACUAAAUGUAACUCUUGACUAAUUCACUUGUGUCCUUCAUAUAAUGAGGCUGUACAAUAUUAUCGCUCUUGCUUCCCUCUCUCUCUCUCCUUUUGUUAGAACAUGAUUUAAUGCUCAUCCGGCUUUCACAAUUCAUCAACAAUUUUACAAACUGGCCUAAACCUGGGUUUGUCUCCAAAACAUGAUAAUUGUGUUCAAGGUUUUUCUGAUGCUCAUAACUAUGUUUGAAAGAAAUCAUGGCAUUUAUUUAUACCGAUUUAAAGAAUCAAUUCCAUUCUGUUACAAUGUACAAAAUUUUGUCCACAAUUUUUAUGUAGCGCAGAUAGGCAUUUCAUAAACUGCUUAUCUUAUGAAAAAGAGGGGGUUAAGGUCACUCCAUAAAAUCAUGCGCAUAGUUUGUAGCAGCAUUACCCAUGGUUUAUUGAAUGCAUACAUUCAACAUCUAGGUUGGUUUUUUUACCCCCUUGCACCAUUCAAGAGACUGCUUUAGUGUGAAAACAAUGCUCAAAGAUGUAAAUCAAAGGAGGGGACAAACUGGCUCUCGUGAAAUUUAAUCUUAUUCUUUAAACAAUAAAAAUUUUGAUCUUGUACUUUUUAAUCAAUAUAGUUGAUGACAUGCCUUCAAAUAAUGAAGAGGAAAAAGCAAUUUAACAAAAUAUGACUAGAAAGUAUGUUUAAACUGGUUAGUAAAAUCACAGAAAAGUGUUGAUAUUCAUAUGUAUGUGCUUUAUAUUGUCCUGGUAAACAUCUUUGUAAUAUGCAACAGUAUUGUGUUUAUCAUGUAUGUUGAAAGAACAGAUUGUACCGUGCCAUGAUGAAAUCAAUAUUUUAGCACAAAUUUGAAUUAUAGACCACUCCAUGCUGAAUUCUUGAAAUAUUUUGGAGAUCUUAGAAUAUUCUAUUUUUGUCAAUGUUGAAUGUAUUUGAAUACUUAAAAAAAUCUUUAUUCAUGUACGUUUGCUUUUUGUAGAUAUUAGAUUUAUGUUCUAUGUUUUCACACAAAGUUGUAAACAAUGAAAAUAGAUUGUGAAUUUUUACCUGAUAAUAAAAUUUGUUUUGAGUGAACAAAGAUGGAAACAAACAAAAUGACUUGAUGUAACAUUUAGUGUUACCAUAUGUGAAUGUAUACAAAUUGAAAUAUAUUAGGAAUCUUGAGGCAAUCAUUUGCUGCUAUAUAUCAUUGCUAUAUCCAAAUCAUUGAGUUUUUAUUUGGGUACAUUACAUUGUACAGUUCAAAGUGUAUAUUUUUUAAUCAUGAAUAAAAUGAUAAAACUGCUGUGCUUAAAAUUA